AUGGCGUCGCGAAUCACCGCACCUGGAGACUAUGAAGGGUGGUCACAGCAGCAGCUUGUCACCAGGAUACAGGAGCUGGAACUUCAAUUGGCACAGGCAGAGAAGAUAACAACUACCAACAUUGAAGCUCAAAACCGCGCCACAUUUACGAGCUUCCCCAUACCUUCUCCAGGCGAGAAUGCAUCGAAACAAACACCGUUUCGCAAGCCUCCGAAGCAGCCAUCUAAGCCGUUCGAUGCGAGCAAAUACAGCACCAGACUCAUCGCCUUGAAAUUCGCCUACUUGGGGCAAAAAUACAAUGGAUUCGAACACGCAAAGAACAAUAAGACACGAUUGCCUACUAUAGAAGAGGAGGUUUGGAAGGCUUUGGUUAAGACACGUCUCAUAGCUCCCACACCCCAGAGUCCCGAAGAGAAACGGGAUUACGAUCGGAUAACGAAGAAGACGUAUCAGGCUUGGGACCGUGAAGGGGCAGAUGUGAAUUGGGAUGGCUGCGAAUACUCAAAGUGUGGUAGAACAGAUCGAGGAGUGAGCGCCUUCGGUCAAGUCAUUGGCAUCAAGGUGCGGAGUAACAGACCUCUCCCGAAGUCUACACCGAUAUCUUCACCAGAGACCUCUACUGUUCCGGAAGAGACAAUCGAAAAGACCAAUGGUGAUAUCCUCGAGGCAGAGGAGGAUCAGGGUGCAGAAGACCAGAAACCUUUCGAUGACCUCCGCGAUGAGCUACCCUACAUACAAUUAUUGAAUCGUGUCCUACCUCCUGAUAUCCGCAUGUACGCCUGGUGCCCGAACCCGCCGCCGAACUUCAGUGCCCGAUUUUCCUGUAAGGAAAGACGCUACAAGUACUUCUUCACGAAUCCGUGUUUCGCGCCAGUGCCUGGGUCACCAGCACUCUACACCCCUGCUGCAUCCUCUGGCAGCGAGGACCCCAUGCGGGAAGGCUGGCUUGACAUAGGUGCUAUGAAAGAAGCUUGCAAGCACCUCAUAGGCCUCCACGACUUCCGCAACCUAUGCAAAAUCGACGCCUCAAAACAGCUGACCAACUUCAACCGUCGGAUCUUCUUCGCCGACAUUGAGGAAGUGUCGCCGCUAACGACGCCAUCCUUCAUCACCCACACCUUACUGCAGAACCCGAACAACGCCUCCGACCAACCCAAGAUCUACAGCUUCACUCUCCAUGGCAGCGCUUUCCUAUGGCACCAAGUCCGCUCCAUCAUCGCCAUUCUCUUUCUAGUCGGACAGCGACUGGAGUCCCCAUCCCUGGUACAAGAGCUCCUCGACGUCAGCAAGAAUCCCACCAGGCCGAAGUACGAAAUGGCAUCCGAUGCGCCACUCGUGCUGUGGGACUGCAUCUUCCCCCAUGCAGACGAGGUACAGUCCGCAGAACAGCGGGAGAAAGGGUACGAAGACCGCUUGGAAUGGGUGUAUGCGGGCGACGAGGGCGGCUUCGAAGCGAAGGGCAAGGCGAACGGGACUCCUGUAGGACGAGGCAAAUGGGGUCGAGGCGGGGUCAUUGACGAUGUGUGGGAGGUGUGGCAUGGGAACAAGAUCGAUGAGACGUUGAGCGGGCUGUUGCUUGAUGCUAUUGCGGCCCAAGGACAGAGCAAGUUGGGUGAUGGAAGUGAGGAGGUGGCAGGUGGGGCGAUGAAGGGCGGGCCUAGGGUGUUCGAUGGAGCGGACUUUGGUAGGGCGAAGGGGAUUUAUACACCUGUGAUGAAGCGGGAGAGAAAUGAGUCGGUGGAGGUGAUCAAUGAGAAGUAUGCAAAGAGGAAGGGUUGGGAUGGUGGACAACGACAAAAGGCGAAAGAAGAGGUUGCAGAUGAGUAG